AUGUUCAACAUUCUUACUCUCGGGGCAUUAGUGACUCUCUCUGGGGUUGUCGGUGCUGAGGAGAAGAGGAUUGGAGGUGUUUUAGCGGGUGCACCAGUCAACAAUAUAACAGUCUCAGCAGAUAAUGUCAUUCAAUGUUCUCAAGCUACCAUAUCCUGGACCGGUACAAGUAAUUCCCCUUAUACAUUAUCAAUAGGUCAAGGAGGAUAUUACGUGGGCCUCACUACUUUAGAAACUCACGAGGGAUUAAGUGACUCGUCAUUCGAAUGGACCGUCACUCAACCUUCAGGUCAAGAUCUGAUAUUUGAAGUUCAAGAUUCGGCGGGUCAGAAAAAUUAUAUUCAAAAUGUGAAAGUCGGAGAGAGCGAUGAUUCUUCUUGUUUACCUUCCGAUACCUCAUCAUCAUCUGUGGCUUCUUCCACAAGCAGUGGUGCGAGUCAGACGCAGGUUGCUCAGAGUGCUAGUGUUGUUGAGGGAAGCGCUACUUCUUCUUCAACCUCUUCCGAAACUCAGGCUGAGGCUCAAGCUACAUCCACUUCAAAAUCUCAUUCUCAUUCAUCUCAUUCCACCUCCUCGUCCAGCUCAAACUCCAACACAGUCCCAACACCCUCUACAACCAUCUCUCUACCCACUCCCUCGUCCGCUUCCGCUGCGGCCGCAUCAAAUUCAUCAUCUUCACCUUCUUCAGGGGCUAGUACCGCCCCUCUGGCUGCUGCUUCCGAAGGAGCUACUUCAUCAUCUACUCUUCGAGCCGUAUAUCCAGCAGCAGCAGCAGCAGCACGGGUUUUGGGAUUAAUCGUUUUGGGAGGAUGGCUGAUUUAG